UGGCAAGGAGGGACCCCUAUGGGGCAUGCGGGUGCAUGUGGUGGGGGCGCAUCCCGAGGGCGAGGGAGGGGGGGGCGCGCCCAUGCUGAGGGGCGGAGGGGGGGGAGACGGGGAGGGGAGAGGGGAGGGGAGGCAAGCCAAUGGCGGUCGGUGCUCAUUCUGGUGCCUCUGGUUCUCGGCAUCGACCACAUGGACGCGCGCUACUUGGAGUCGCUGCGCCGCACCUUCGCCUUCCCCCAGAGUGUGGGCAUCGCGGGAGGCAAGCCCAACACGUCGCUCUACUUCAUUGGCACGCACCGCAGCGACGUGCUCUUCCUUGACCCGCACUACCCGCAGCAGGCUGUUGAUUUUCCCGAAGGGCCAAUCAGCGCAUGCCACGUGGACACAUCGUCCUACCACUGCAACACCAUCCGCCACAUGCCACUGUCAGCAAUUGACUCCUCCCUUGCUCUUGGCUUCUACUGUGCCACCCAAGCUGAUUUCGAUGAUCUGUGUGAUCGCAUGCGGCAGCUAGCCCAGCUGUCCAACGGUGCACCGCUCCUCACGGUGGGGAACAAGGCUGACUUGGCGACCUAUGUGGUGAAGGAGGUGCCCGAGAUGGACACCUCCUCGUUGGGCGAUUCCUUGGAAGAUACUUCGGAUAUUGAGGACAAUUGGGAGCUUGUGUAACAGUUUUGUGCCACUUUUCAGUGUACAUAGGCAGUGAAGUGUAUUCUUUUGGCUUUAGUAUACAUGCGAUUUGUAACUGGUGUGUAUAUUUUGUACAGGCCUGGCUUAUAUUGAGUG